AUGUCGCUGCUGAAGCCGCCCACCACCAUGCCACAUCCACACCCACACCCACAUCCGCCGCAGCUCAUGCAACGCCCCUUCUUGGGCUGCGAACCCAUGACAGAGGCGGACGCGGACAUGGACUCCGAUUCGGAGCAGGAGCGAACGCACCUCGACGACGAGGAUGCCGCCAUCGAUGUGGAGGCGGACGAGGAGCAGGAAUCCGGAUCGUCAGCCCCAUCGGCCACGCCCUCGAAGAGCAGUCUUUGCCUGGAAAGCAAGGAGAAUGCUGGCCAGCACAAGGAGGUCACUGCUGCCGCCGUGGACAAGUCCGCUAACCAAAAGGCCUACUGAGCCAAAUCCAACCAAGUGGCUGCACGGAGAAGAAUACAUUCCAAAAGCGGGAUUCUCAAAAGAUAUUACCUCAAAAGGAGUCAAGUUGUUUCAUUUGCAUAUUACAAUUUGAAAAUAUUUAGGAAAUCUCUCAAGAUCCUGAUCCAAUUUGCAGUACUUUGGUGGCUAAAUCAACCGCAAUUCGGAAAUAUUGAAAGGGAUUGAAUUCUCCACUCCGUGCAAGACCGCAUCAAUUGGUUUCAAGUUUUUAUGAUAGUUUGUUCCUAAAAACCCAUGUAAAUACCAACAACUCAAGAUCCUUGUACAUUUAAAUGUCUCUUGCUCAAUAAGUUUAGGCUUUAAAAUACCCCACGCCAUGUACAUAAACCGAUCACAAGUGGAUAGUGCGGGGUGCUUGAAUUUUCGUAACGUUUUGGUUUGGCUUUUGAAUCUUUAAAUUGCUGGUCAAGUGUAAGUUAAGUUCGAUAUGCUAAGCCGAGCUCCCUAAGGACCAAGGCAAUCAAUGUUAGUUUAGUGCUAAUCGUAAGAUGUGUGUCAAGCAAUUACCAAAUAAUUAGUUAAAUUAUUUAUAUUUUUAAUCGAAUGUUAACAUAAUCCAAACUUCAACUGAAACCAAACCAAACUCAUAAACGUACACUCACACACAUUCACAGACAUGAAAUGCUUAUAAAUAUACAAAUAACAAAUUAUACAUAUAAAGAUAUUA